GCGGCGCGCGGCAGCCCGGCCGAGGGCGCCGCGGAGCCGCGGCAGGGCGAGCCGCCUGGGCUGCGCGCGAACGUGGGCCGGCGGCUGGCGAAGGAGCUGGGGGACAUUCACAGGACGUUCGGCGCGGCGGGCGGCGCGGAGACGCCCCCGCCGCUGUGGAGCCACGCCCGCACCCUGCCGGAGGACCUCCCCGACCUGGCCGACCUGGCCUGCUCGCCGGAGCCCGCCGGCGACGGUGGCGCAGCUGCCACCGCAGAUGCACGGGCAGCCUCCGCGCAGACAUCGCAGGUCGGCUCCUGGGUCCUCCACGCCCUGGCGCGCGGUGACCGGCCCGAGGUGGUGGCCAGCUUCCUGGCGCACGCUGCGGACAGAGGGCGAGGCAUCGAGGCGCCUGCGCACAUGUCGAGCCCGAGGGCUUGCUGGCGGAGCUGCUGCGGCAGGCGCUGCCGCCCACCACGCCGCCCGCGCUGGAGCGGCGUGCCGCCGCCGAGGGCCGCCGCGGCUCCCCGGGCCUGUGUGGCGCCGCGGACGGCCACCUCGCCGGCCGCACACCACGACGUCAGCGACCCGCUGCAGGGCCAGAUCUCGCCCGCGUGGUGGUCGACGGAGUUCCUGGUCGUGCUGGUGCUGUUAGCCUUCUCAUACGGUGUCCUCGUGGGUGGGCUCUAUUUCAACCAGACGCCGAUCGCAGCCACCAAGGUGCCCAUGGUGCGUGGUAAGUCGAGCCCGUCCACGUCGGAGGAGCCCAUCACCACCUUCGACCUUGCGUUGGCAGCCGCCGCCCAGUGCCCGUCCUUCAGGGUCAAGGCGACGGGCUGCCUGGAACUUCCGCGAAUCACCCUCGUGCAACAGAUGUUCGGGCAGCACUUCGUAAGGGGAGUCGCCCAGGGGCAUGGGCCCCUUCCCGUCUCGCCCUUCAACCUGGAGCUCAGCACGACCAACGUCCUGGGCGCUGCGGCAGGGGCCCCUGCACUGCCUGACCCGCUGGCGCCAGCCCCGCCGCCUGCCGCGCUGGCCGCGCCGCCCGCCGCCGCCGUCGGCGGCGGCCUUGGCGCGCUGGCCGCCGCGCUCGGAGACGGAGUUCCUGCUCCCGCGGCGGGCGCGGCGCUCCAGCUCCAGACCGAGACGGACCGCGCUGACUGGCCCGUGAAGGGACCCAGGCCUUUGCUCUGGGUACUCGGGCUCAUGCAGCGGAUGGCUGGCGGCCCCAUGGCGUGGCACACCCGGCGGCUGGCGACGGUGCAGCUCGGCGAACAUGACGAGAGCGUCAGGCUCCACGAGACGAUGCGCCGCGCGAUCGAGACCGCGUUGUGCCACGACCAGAUCGUGAUCUGCGAGCUCGCCCCCGUGGAGGUCGGGCACUUCCUCGACGCGGGCGAGACGAAGGGCAACCUGCGCAUCAGUCCCGCUCUGGUGGAUUGGAUAGCAGAGCAGAUGAAGAACGAGGCCGCAGUGGCUCAGGAACGACGCAAGGCUCGCGAGGAGCGAGCCUUGCGGGCCCCACGACGCACCCCGAGGACGCCGCCCAGGGAGGGCCCCCCGAGCACGCCGUUUCUGCUCGAGAGCCUGGUCAGCUACGCCCUGAGCCCUUCGGGACCCCGCCGGGUCUGGAGUCGCCCGCGCGCGGUGACCAUCGCCAACGCGACGUUGUUCCUCUACCUUGCGGACCAGCACCGCGAGUUCGAGCUGCACACCGCCUACCCGGAGAGGGGCAGCGCCUGCGAAGCAUCAUUCGUAGAGAUGCUCGCUCAGGCACUGGGCUACUGGCGACAGCGGCCGGGUGCGCCCCUACAGCAAGCCUCUCGCGGCCUGGCCCGAUCGGUCGCGGCGGAACUGCGUGAGUCUCUGGCGGCGCCGCGGCCACACGUGGAUCCUGAGCCUCGCCGUCGGCCGAAGUCGCGCGCCCAGCUUUUGAAGCAGCUGGAGGCCCGCGACACGAUGUCACGACAGGCCGCCAGCCCACAGCCCUCUUUUACAAUUGGUUUGCUCUUUGUGGAGAAGUCCGACCACGUGCUCGGGCUCGCAUUCGACACUCGGUUGGCCAACUGCAUUUUCACGGCGCCGCCAGCCGCAAGGCUGCCCACGCCUAGCGCGCGGGCCUGCGCCGACUGCGACGACAGCUGCGUCUUUGCCCAGGGCGACAUCCAGUGCGCGUUUUAUCACCUACGCUCGCCUGCUGGAAUGGAGUCGCUGUUCUCGCUGCCCGCGAUCUUCAAUAGAUACAUCGGUUUCAAAUCCAUCAAUGGUGCCCCCAUCGGUCUCAACGGCUUCGCCCAGCCCUUGGCCACUGCGGCCCCCAUGGGGCGGCGCUGGCCCCUUCGCUUUUGUCAGAGUGCCCUAACGAGAGCUCCCUCCGACUUUGGAUUCCAGGAUACAGAGAUGAUCCUGGACGGUGGCAGCCCGCGUCCCUGCGUCUCCCCGACGGGCGCCUUGUGCGCGGGGUGCGUCAGUACUGGUUGCGUCGCGUCUAAGAGUCCAGAGAUAGCCACGCCCCGUGCCAGCGCCAUCGCCAACCUCCUCACUGCUCGCGGCCUGCCCGUCCUGGACUUUUCGCUUGCCGUCAGCAAGGUGUCUUCACGGGGCUGCAGAUCGACGGGCUGUCAGGGCUUGUUCGCGCGCGUCCCGAUCGGCUCGCCCGCGCCCGCCAAGCAGUUCUCGGGCUACUUCGACGCGGGCGGGCCUCUUCUGGGGCCCUCCGCGCGCCGACGUGACGUUCUGGCCAUCUUCAACGCCGUCGAUCGGUUAAUCGGCGUCGCGGGCCCUCAUCCUGGGCCCUUCUGGGAGUCUGUAGUCAGGGGGCUGAGGGCCGCGGUGGCCCUGAUCCCGCUUUGGAGUACCUCUACCAGGUCUCGGUGGCACUCACCGGCCGAUGCUUCUGACGCUUCACCGUUCGGGAAGGGCGCGUGCAUCAAGGACCCCCCCUGCGAGCUAGUUUCGGGGAUCGGCCGGGCCGCCGAGAAGUGGAGGCGCCACCAUGGGCCCAACGUGUCCGCCAGGGCCCAUUCCCUCGACAACGCGGGCCCCCAUCGCGACGCCGCUGACACUCGCCAUCGCGCCACGCCACCGCCGUCUACGCCAUCAUCAUCGACGGGCUGCCCCGGCUUCCUGGAGGCCCCUGAGUCUGUCUACGGGUCCGAGGGCUGGAAGACUAUUCGCUCGAGUCGCCACACCCGAACUGGGUGCAAUAUCUUGCAGUACGAGGCCGAGGCCCUGGGGUUCAGCGCCCACCACGCGCCCGGGACCCCGGGGGCCCAUCACCAUCGCAUCGUCUGCAUCGUUGACAACUUGGCUCUUGCCCUCUCCGUGCCUUCCGAGGGGAAUGUCUCGGACAAGCAGUCGAGGGAGGGUUUCUGCGCCGGCCCGAGCUUCGAGGACUUCGCCUCGGGCCAGGCGGCCAAGACGGCGAGGGAGAGGGCGGCCCACCCUGGGCCCCACCGCCUCCCGCGAGGCAGCCCGCCGCUGCCGGACGGCGCCACGGCCUCGGCGACGACGGGCAGGAGCUACCCAGCCCACGCCCCGAUGUUGCUGAGCUGGCGCCCGUGGGCCGCAAGGCCCUCCGAGGUCGGCGCCGUGCUGGGCGUCGCCCCGGCGGUGCUCUUCGCCCAUCUCAUCGCCGACAGACGGGCCCUCCGCGUCGCGAACGCCCUUGCCGCCGCCACCUUCUAG